AUGGUCUCAAACGAUUUCGCUGUCACCAAAUCGGAGGAAGAGAACACAUCUCCUUCAUCUCACGCAGACCACCUUGAACGCCUUCACACAGCAGGAGGACAUGUGAACGACCGCAGUCAACCUGCCCUUCCUGUCUAUCAUCGUACAUUUGCGAGCCCCUCUCCAUUGGGACUGAUCUCCUUUGCUACAGAUAUUUUCUUGAUUUCCGUCUUCGGAUUGCACGCAAGGGGUGUUUCAGUACCUAAUGUAAUGGUUGGGUGUCUGGUAUUCUAUGGUGGUGUUGGUCAAUUCAUUGCCGGCAUCAUGGAAUUCAUCACGGGAAACACGUUCGGUGCCACCGUAUUCUCGUCAUAUGCUGCAUUCAACUUGUCCUACGCAAUGAUUUAUCUCUCCGGAACAGGUAUAAUGUCUGCAUACACCGACGCCGCUACCGGUACCGUGGACCCUAGCUUCAACCAAGCUCUGGCAUUAUACCUGUGGGCGUGGUUCAUAGUGACCGUGGUUUUUACCAUCGGGGCGAUGCGAUCGUCCUGGGUUCUUUUCGUUGACCUGUUCUUCUUGGACAUUUCUCUCAUGCUUCUGGCUUCUGGGUUCAUGGCCAACAUGGAUUCUCUCCUGACUGCCGGUUAUUCUUUCGGGCUUGCUGUGUCGUUUCUUUCUUACUGGGCCGGUUGUGCUGGAUUAUGGGGUGGUGGAACCACUCCCAUCAAAUUGCCGACAUUUGAUAUGUACUUGGCUGUUUGA